AUGACGCAUUUUGGCCGAUCUCCUAGCCAGGGGGCCACAGGUCGAAUGGCGAAUGUGCCCUCCGUCUGGCUGCCCUGUUGCCAUUAUAUCUUCCAAGAGAAGAUUCUCGUUGUCGUCGACCUCAGCCAAAAGUUCCAGAACGAAGUGUGCGAGGAGUACUCGAGUGUCAACUACAGGGUGCUUAGGAUUAGCCAGGAAAAGGAUACCCUUACAAAUAAGCUGAAGAUCGCCAAUACCCAAGACCGUCCUCUUAGCUUGGUCGAGAAGAGGCUUCAGAUUGUCAGCGCGGCUGAGUAUCAGGCACAGAAACUUUGGUUCAAGAAGGUCAACCCUUAUUUUCUCCACUCAGCUGAAGAACAAGUCGCUGCGACUAUCGCCGCUGAGGCCUCUAGAAGUGGAGUUGGGCCUUCUAUUCCUGCUGCCGAGCCGAAAGCAGGAGGAGAAGAGGUCGAAGAAGAAGAAGAUUCUGAAGACGCUCGUCUGCUGAAGACUUCGUCCGACGAAGAAGAAGAGAACACAGGAGAGCCAAUUGAGGCUGCUCAAGUAGAGUCAACUUCGGACGAAUCAUCUUCAGACGAAGAAAUGUCGGGUCCGAAGAGGAGAAGGGUCGUUCUCUUGCCUAGGCAGCUUCGAGCUGCCCCAAAGGAAGCUGAUACGCUGAUUAUCCAUCCCGAGGAUGAUGAUGUGCAGACUUUGGGUGAGAUUCCCAAGGAUUUUAAUGCUGAGGGUCUGAAGGAGACUGAGAAGAAAGUUGAGGAUGCGAAGAACUUCGACAUGCCUUCGACUUCGGCAGGCAUCUCCUUCAAGACUUUCCAGUCUGUUAAGAUGGGGUUUGAGUCUGCCCGCUUGCUGGUAGUUCUUGAUGCUGCUAGGAACGCUCUUCGAUCUCACCGAGCCUCAGCAAUUGAGUUCUUCGGUGACCUGUCUAGCCUAUCUGAUUUAGAGAAGGCGAAGAUUUGGUCUCUUCGGGCCGUAGCUUGGGUCGUCCACAACCAUUACUUGGUUGUGGAGAUGAACGAAGAGCUUAAGUUCAAGCUUAAGGACGUUGAACUCCGAGCCAACAUUGUUGGGCUCAAAAGAGAAGCUGCCGAAGAAGAGGCUACUGCAGCCAAGGCCGAGGCGGACAGGCUGCAGAGGAACGCUGACAUCGUCCUCCAGGAUCUGGAGCAGCACAUUUUCCCCUUGAUGGAUCAGGGGGGAGAGGAAGCUGCCAAGACUCAGGCUGAACUUAAAGCCGCUCAAAAGCUGCUGGAAUUCCGGGUUUACACCCAAGAGCAAAACGAAGAGGGCUUUGAGAAUGGCUUCAAGGUUGCUCGACGUCUGGCUUUCCAUGUUGAUCCCGCCAUCAACUGGGAAUUGGCUGAGGCGUGGUCCAUGGACCCGCAGGACGUUCACAUGAAUGAGGCUAGUCCAGCUGAGACUAUUUUCCUAGCUCACCAAGCAAAAGCUGAGGCUCGGGAACAAGAGGAAGCCGAGAGGCUUGAGAGGGAGGAAGCUAAGAAGAGAGAGUCUGAGAGGACUCUUACUCAGCCUGUCUCUUCCUUUGCUGAUGCUGAAGCUUCAAGGAGUCCGAGCAUAGCUGCUCAACCUGAUCAUGUUAAUGCUGAAGCAUAG